GGCCCGCGGGCCGCGGAGCUCACUCCACGGGAGCAGUCUCUGGCUGAUCCGAUCCAAGUUUCCAGAAACUCCUGUCCUGUUGCUUGGGAGCCGUGAGGCCACUGUCUGCCCGGACCACGGGUUCUGCUGGCUAGGCAUUUUGUUCCUAAGAUUGGGGGAAGUGCCCACGACUCCUGUUGGGGCAGGUAUGGAUGACAAAGGGGACCCGCGCAGCGAGGACGCACCCAGGGCUAUCAAACCCACAAGCAAGGAGUUCAGGAAAACCUGGGGCUUUCGGAGAACCACCAUCGCCAAGCGCGAGGGCGCAGGCGACGCCGAGGCCGAGCCCCUGGAGCCGCAGCCGCAGCCGCACAGCCUGUCCUUGCGCCGCAGUGGCCGGCAGCCCAAGCGCACGGAGCGGGUGGAGGAGUUCCUCACCACGGUCCGGCGCCGCGGGAGGAAGAGCGCCCCCGUCUCCCUCGAGGACUCCGGUGAGCCCGCGUCCGGUCCGGUCACAGAUGUCGAAACCGCCUCGGAAGGGAGCGUGGAAAGCGCCUCUGAGGCGAAGAGUGGCCCCAAGUCCGGUGCCCCAGGUGGGGAGGGACAGCCAGCUGCCUCUGCCAAGGCCAAAGGGGGUCGUGGUGAGGACGACACGUCAGACAGUGACAGCGACGGCCUGACUUUGAAAGAACUUCAGAAUCGCCUCCGAAGGAAGCGAGAGCAGGAGCCUCCCCAAAGGCCUCUGAAAGGUCUCCACAGCCGUCUGCGGAAGAAGCGGCGUGAGGAGGACCCCACCGAGGCCGUGGGCAUGGAGGCCGGCGGCAGCAGCAGCGUCGAGACCCUUUCUCCCCAGAAGCAAGAGCCCGAGGCCGACCAGGGGGCUGGGUCCCAGGCAACGAAAGACGGUGGAGAUGGGAGUCAGCCUGAGGGGAAGGCGGCUCAGGGAAGCAAGGGCGAGGACCCCGAGGGCGCGGGCAGACCCAAGCCCGAGUGCGAGGUCUCCGACCCCAGUGCCCUGUACUGCCUCUGCCGGCAGCCCCACAACAACAGGUUUAUGAUUUGCUGUGACCGGUGUGAAGAGUGGUUCCAUGGCGACUGUGUGGGCAUUUCCGAGGCACGGGGGAGGCUUCUGGAAAGGAAUGGCGAAGACUAUAUCUGCCCAAACUGCACCAUUCUGCAAGUGCAGGACGAGCCCAACCCAGAAAGCAGCGCUCAGCACGACGCGGCCCUCAGACCUAGUGAUGCCGAUGGCACCGAGCUCACCAGUAUAGGGACGGUUGAGCAGAAGUCGAGUGAAGACCAGGGGAUAAAGGGUAGAAUCGAGAAAGCUGCAAACCCAAGCGGCAAGAAGAAGCUCAAGAUUUUCCAGCCUGCUGUGGAGGUCCCUGGCGCUUCCAAGUGCAUCGGCCCUGGGUGUGCCGGCCUGGCGCAGCCUGAUUCGGUCUACUGCAGCAACGACUGCAUCCUCAAGCAUGCCGCAGCCACCAUGGCAGUCCUCAGCUCAGGCAAGGAGCAGAAGUCCAGGCCCAAGGAGAAGGGCAAGGUGAGGCCGGAGAAGCUCAGUCUGCCAAGGUGCAGCGUGCAGGCAGGCAUUAAAAUCUCUUCUGUGCACAAGAGACCUGCUCCAGACAAAAAAGAAAACACAGUGAAGAAGGUGGUGGCGGCUCUUCCUAGGAGCGAAGCCCCAGGGAGGGAAGCAGCCUGUGAAAGCACCACUCCGUCCUGGGCAAGCGACCACAAUUACAACGCCGUGAAGCCCGAGAAGACCACCACUGUCCCGGCGUCACUGUUGUGUAAAUCUGUGAAGGAGGACAGACGAGCAGAGGACAAGGCGGUGGCCUUGAAGAAGACAGCCCCGCCAGGCCCCUCGGUGGGCAGGCAGCCUCCACCUCGAAGUCUCCUCCCAAAGAAGGCUCCUUUUGCUCACGUGGUGGCACCCAAGCCAGCCAUGAAAACGUCACCUUCGGGCUUUAAGGGCACCAUCCCCAAGAGGCCAUGGAACUCGGCCGCUCCCUCGGGUGGCACUUCAGCCAGCCGGCAGCCAGGAGCAGCACCUGCAGCCCUGGCAGCCACUUCGAGAAAGCUGCCCAGCUCUACCUCGCUGGCAGGAGCCAGCAGGAAGCCAGUGGCCUCUUCUGCCCCCGUGGCUUCUCCGGCCACAGGGCGCCUCGGGGUUGCUGGCCCUGCUCCGUCACAACCCAAUUCUCAAAUCCGGCAGAAUAUAAGGCGCUCCUUGAAGGAGAUUCUGUGGAAAAGAGUCAACGACAGUGAUGACUUAAUCAUGACUGAGAACGAAGUCGGGAGAGUCGCCCUCCACAUUGAGAAGGAGAUGUUCAGCUUGUUUCACGUCACAGACAACCGCUACAAGAGUAAAUACCGCAGCAUCAUGUUCAACCUGAAGGACCCGAAAAACCAGGGACUCUUCCAUCGUGUGCUGCGUGAAGAAAUCUCUUUGGCAAAACUCGUGAGAAUGAAACCGGAAGAGCUCGUAUCCAAGGAGCUCUCCACGUGGAGAGAGAGACCGACGAAGACUGUGGCAGAGCCCAGAGCUAAACUGCACAGUGAAAGCAAGAAGCUGGCCGCCAAGCAGGAAGCCGUUCCCGACAUGGAGGACUCGCCGCCCGUGUCGGAUUCGGACGAGCAGCAGGAGUCGGCGCGCGCUCCACCUGAGAAGAGCACGGCGCCCCCCCUCGACGUCGUCAGCAGCAUGCUGAAGGACACAACUGGCCAGCACCGCGCACACCUCUUUGACCUGAACUGUAAGAUCUGCACAGGUCAAGUUUCGUCAUCAGAAGAUGAGCCAGCUCCAAAAAAACAAAAGCUUUCGGCUUCUGUUAAGAAGGAAGAGUUCCGGCCCAAGGGUGAGAGCUCUCCAUCCGACUCAGUGCCUAGUGCAGCUGACGAAGUGGUGCCAGAUGCUCUGCCCAAAAACGCUUCUGAGCCAGACCUGGAAAGUGGUUUUUGUCUGGACCUAGAGAGAAAGUGUUUCUCUGGACCUCCUGGGGAUGGCCACCCUGAGCCCUCCCCCGUGGACGGCCUUUCUUCCUGCCCAGUCUCUGGUGGUGGCGGGGCGGUCACCACUGUCACCCUGUCUGGCCGGGACCCCAGGACUGCUCCAGGUGCGUCGUGCGCAGCCCUGGCCACCACCACGGUGCGCCCUGACAGCUCGCAAGCUGUGGAGACCAAGCAGGACAUGCCAAAGCCUGCCGUGACUCCAGUGGCUGUGCCCAAGUCCAUCCUGGCCAAGCCGUCCUCAUCCCCUGACCCAAGAUACUUGUCAGUUCCACCAUCACCAAAUGUCAGCAUCUCAGAGUCACGGUCCCCUCCAGAAGGAGACACAACCCUCUUUUUGUCUCGACUCGGCACCAUUUGGAAAGGAUUUAUUAACAUGCAAAGUGUAGCGAAGUUUGUCACUAAAGCGUAUCCUGUUUCUGGGUGUUUUGAUUAUCUCAGUGAGGACUUACCCGACACAAUUCACAUUGGUGGGAGGAUCGCACCAAAGACGGUUUGGGAUUAUGUCGGCAAACUGAAGUCUUCUGUGUCUAAGGAGCUCUGCCUGAUCCGCUUCCCCCCCGCCACAGAGGAGGAGGAGGUGGCCUACAUCUCCCUCUACUCCUAUUUCAGCAGCCGCGGGCGCUUCGGUGUUGUAGCCAACAACAGCAGGCACGUCAAGGACCUCUACCUGAUUCCACUGAGCGCUAAGGACCCCGUCCCGUCCAAGCUUUUGCCCUUUGAGGGACCAGGCCUCGAGUCAGCACGUCCAAAUAUAAUCCUCGGAUUAGUAAUCUGCCAGAAAACGAAACGUCCUUCAAAUGCUGCCGAGGUGGACAAGACAGACGAGAAGCGGGCCCGCCUUCCCAUUGCAGCUCCCUCUGUCACUUCAUCUACGAAGACAGCUUCUCCACUGGAACACAUCCUACAGACUCUCUUUGGCAAGAAGAAGGCCUUCGAGCCCUCUGCCCGGGAGCCUGCCGGGCCUGCGCCCACUCCCCAGCCAGCCGCCCAGCCCCAGGGGGCCGGGCCGCCCACAGUGCCCUUGUUCGACCCCAUCGUGCAGCAGUUCGGGCAGCUCGCAGACGACAAGGCUCUGGAGGGCGAGGAGGACGAUCGGCCCUACGACCCCGAGGAGGAGUAUGAUCCAGAGAGAGCCUUCGGCACUCGGCUCGCUGAGCGCGGGGGACACCAUGACGCCGAUGGGGCUCCUCCAGAAACCACCGAGAGGGAGGAGGUGGCCUACGACCCCGAGGAUGAGACCAUACUAGAAGAAGCCAAAGUGACUGUCGACGACCUGCCCAACAGAAUGUGCGCAGCUGCCGGAAGCACCCCUGCGGACGGGCCGGCAGCGGCCCCCGCCCCCUCCUUGGCCGAACAGCAGAAAAUGCUGGAAGAGCUCAACAAGCAGAUUGAGGAGCAGAAGCGGCAGCUGGAGGAGCAGGAGGAGGCGCUGAGGCAGCAGAGGGCCGCCGUCGGCGUCUCAAUGGCCCACUUCUCCGUGUCGGACGCCCUGAUGUCCCCGCCACCCAAGUCAGCGCUGACCAAGGCCGAGCGCUUUCAGCCAGAGCAGCUGGCCCCAGCCGAGGCAGCUGUGCUUGCUCCCGCAAACCAGGGGGCCCAGGUGGCCAGCCAGGGCGCGGACCCGAGACUGAGCAGAGACCCACGGCAGGCAAGGCGCUUGGUGGCCGAGAGCGGCCAGGGUGAGCUGCUCCUGAAGCCCCCGGCAGACGCUCGGCCUGCCCCGCCUUCCAGAGAAGCCUCGGGAGGGGCUGCCCUGGGGCAGACCUUGGUGCCCACCCCGGAAGGAGAGGAGACCACGACACCUCCCUGGGCCCCGGGUGAAAAGGCACUGUCCGCGUCAGAGCAGGACAGCCGCAAGUGUGAGCCCCUGGGGACUCCCGCCCAGCAGCCUGCGGGGAGCUUCCCUGCCGCCAUGGCCAGGCCUGCCAGGAGAGUGCUGCUGCCCACGCCCCCCGGCGCCCCCUUCCAGCCUGGCUUCCCUCUGCAGCCCGAGGGGCAGGGCCAGGGCCUCCACCCCGCUGUGGCAAGGGACCCUUUCUCCUGCCCGGUAUUCCUGUCUCAGGAAAAGUCUCUAGGUCCCACCCAGUAUGAGGCCCCCAGGAACUCCGCUGGGAAGGGUGACAGCCUAGCAGCUGAGACGGAGGGGGACAGAGAGCCACAGUCCAGACCCGGUGAGGGGACCACCCCACUCCCCCAACCCGGACAGAAAGGUGAGGUCCCUCAGCCCCAGUUUCAGGGCCAGCGUGAAUUGGGACAUCGCACUUACGGGAUGUCAGGACCUCAGGGGCCCUCCACCUUCCCAGGACCAAGAGGGCCAGCCCCCUCGUUUUCAGAAGAGAACAGUGUCUGCGGUAAUGAUGGAGCCAGGGGGCCUCCACCAGCCCGGUUCGGAGCCCCGAAGGGGCCCAUCCCUUCCUUGUUUUCGGGGCAACACGGGCCUCCUUAUGGGGAUGGCAGGGGCCCUUCGCCCUCCUACCUUAGCGGGCCAAGAGGAGGAGCACCAGCCCAGUUUGAAGAUCGCAAGGACCCCCACGGGGAGAAACGGGAAUUUCAGGACACCCCGUAUAAUGAGACGGCCGGCCCCCCUGCCCAGUUUGAAGGACCAGAGCAGGCCCAGUUUAUGGGGAGCAGAGGCCCAGCCCCUUUCCAGUUUGGAGCCCAAAGAAGGCCUCUGCUGUCUCAGCGUAAAGGGCCCCGAGGAGGCCCCCCUCCAUCUCAGUUUGGCGGUCAGCGAGGACCACCCCCUGGCCAUUUUGUGGGCCCGAGAGGGCCCCAUCCCGGUCAGUUCGAGGCUCCCCGAGGCCCCCAUCCCGGUCAGUUCGAGGCUCCCCGAGGCCCAGCACCAGGCUUCAUGCCAGGCCCCAGGGGAAUUCAGCCCCAGCAGUUGGAAGAGCAGAGGGUGAACUCCCCUCCGCCGCGGUUUGCAGGCCAGAGGCCGCCAGCCCCCCUGCCGUUCGGUGGGCCAAGGGGCUCUGCACCCUUUUCUGACAAGAGCGAGCAAGCGCCUCCACGGUUCCACUUCCAAGGCCAGCCUCCACAGGGGGCAAAGCCGGCCCCCCGGCCCCUGCUUGAGCUCCCGAGCCACCCUCCGCAGCACAGGAGGGACCGGUGGGACGAGGCCGGGCCGGCCUCCACGCUGCCCAGCAGCACAUCCGGACAGGGCCCAGAGGCCGACGGGCAGUGGGCGUCCUCUGAUUUCCGGGAGGGCAAAGGCCACGAGUACAGAAACCAGACUUUUGAGGGGAGGCAGAGGGAGCGGUUUGAAGCCGGGCCCAAGGAAAAACCGCUGGAUGAGCCCGAAGCCCCGGUCCAGGAGAGCCGGCCCGGCCGGGCCUUCGAGGACAGGCGGCGGGGGCGCAGCAGAAACUGGAGCCGUGAGAGAGACUGGGAGCGGGGCCGGGAGUGGGGCCGCCACCGAGACCGGAGCACGGACAGGGACAGGGAGCGGGGCCGGAGCCGCGAGAGGAGCCGGAACCGGGACCGCGACCGCGCAGCAGACCGAGACAGGUCGCGGAGCCGGGACCGGGACCGGGACCGGGACCGUGAGAGGGCCAGGGACAGAGAGCGCGAGCGUGGCCGAGAUCGAGACCGCAAAGACCGGAGCAAGAGUAAGGAGCGCACGCGGGAGCCGAGGCCCGAGGCCACCGCCCAGACCUGAGGCCCGGCGACAGCCACCGUGGGCACCGAAGACCCAGAGCCGGUCACGUGCGUGUGCAGCCGCAGCCUGGCAGACACUUUUUAAAGUCGAGUUCCUAAAAUGUGUGAGCAAAUAGUUUUGAAUCAGUUACGAACUUAGAUGUAGGAUAGAACGUUCUGGACUUGAGAAAUUACUGUAAUUUUGUAUAUAAUGGUUUCUUACCGAAUUUCACAUCUUUACAAUUCUGAUCUUUUAAAAAACAAACAUAAGAACUCAUGUAUUAUUUCCAUUUAAAAUUAUGCGAAUGGAAAGUGUCUACAAAAGCAUAUUGCUUCUCCAGAUGAUAAAGUUAUCUUUUCCAGUAACGUGGCUAUUGUAAAUGUUAGGGUUCCGGUGGCCCUCAGAGCCAUCCCUGUACUGCCACCUCCCCCGCACUCUGCCUGACGCUGUGUAUGGGUCUGGAGGGGCCUGGCCAGUUGGGGUGGACGCGCUCCAGCCCCCACCUGGGGUGCCGCGGAACACAGCAUCGACAAAGGCACCUGUUUUCUGAAUUACACGUCUGAACCAGGAGGUGUCUUGGUUUUCCUCAGUUCUUAAAUAGCACAUUUUUUUCCCCCAAAACAUGAUUAAAAGCAACAUCCGUCCUAGUAGAAA